CUGCCGCGCACUUUUCAAAACAAUGAAUUCGCGUGAUGGAGGCGAUCCACGUCGCCGCGCGUGGCCAUGCGCAUGGGCCUGCGCAACACGGGAAAGGCACCACGUGCAGGAAGCACGCGAUUCGUGUUGCCAUGGUCCACGCAUGCCACCAAGUGUACUGGAGCACUAGGAAUUCGCCAUUCAACACGCACCAAGCUGCCCCACCACAUUCCCACAACAUCAGCACUCUUCCACUGCAAGACUGCACACCACUUGCCCACUGGCGCCUGUCAGAAGAAGUGUGCACAACACUUGAGGGCAAACAGAAGACACUGCUCAGCAACACGCGCUUGUCAAGCAGCGCAUAUACGCACUACCCCAGCCCCUUUCCCGAUCCCAAGGAUACGCAUUGCUGGGUAACCCGUGGCAAUGUCACGCCCCAUGCUUUUGCAAGCGGUGGUGGUCGCAGACUCCUACAACAAACGGUUUGAGCCGUUGACACAGCAGACGCCACGCGCGCUCCUGCCUUUGUGCAACGUGCCACUCAUCGACUAUGUGCUGAAGUUUCUCCACUCAAAUGACAUUCAGGACGUCGUCGUUGUCGUGCGAGCUCACGCCGACCAGAUCCAAGAGCAUUUGGAGCACGCACGCUCGCAGUUCAAGUCCAUGAAGCUCACGUGCGUCGUCAGCCAAGGCAGCCACAACUUUGGUGACGCCCUCCGCGACUUGGAGACGCGCAAAAUCAUCAACUCACACUUCAUCCUGGUGACGAGCGACAUCGUGUCCAACUAUGACCUGCGUCCUGUCAUCGAGGAGCACAUUGCGCGUGCGGACAAGGACAAAGACUGCCUGAUGACAAUGCUCAUGACGCAGUGCGAUCACGAGCAUCCAGUGCGCAGCAUCGAGGAGGACACGUUUGUUGUGGUGGACUCUGAGGACAACAGGCUGCUGUACCUGGAUAGCCCCGAAGACGGCCACAUCCGCGUUCCCUUGGAUCGUGUGAUGGAGCGAAAGCAGGUGCAGCUGCGGUACGACUUGGUACAGAGCCACAUCUUCAUCUGCACUCCGCUGAUGCUGAUGCAGUUCCAUGACAACUUUGACUACGCGAGCGUGUUUGAUCUGAUCCGCGGCGUCAUCGACAACGAAGACAUUGUUGGGUACAAGAUCCACACGGCUGUGUCGCCCAAGUUCUAUGCGACGCGGUGCGCAAACCUGACGUCGUAG